AUGCUCACAAAUUUGGAAACAGGUGGAGGCGUCGGCAAGUCGGCAUUGACCGUGCAGUUCGUGCGGAACGUGUUUGUGAGCACAUACGACCCGACGAUCGAGGAUACGUAUCGCAAGCUGCUCGUGAUAGACGGUCAACAAUGCAUGGUCGAGAUCCUCGAUACGGCAGGCACGGAACAGUUUCUCGCGCUCAAGGAGCUCUACAUCAAGUCGGGCCAAGGCUUCAUCCUCGUUUUCUCACUCACAUCCCUGGCCAGCGUCAACGAGCUAGGACCGUUACGAGAGGCAAUCGUUCGCAUCAAGGAUACCACAGGCGUCCCCAUCGUGCUGGUAGGCAACAAGGCGGAUCUGAAAGCGGAUCGACAGGUGCCACGCGAGAUAGGCACCAGCCUGUCAAAAGCGUGGGGCAACGUUCCGUACUACGAAGCCUCUGCACGCAAGCGCAUCAACGUCGACGAGAUCUUUGCGGAUGCAGUGCGACAGAUUCGGGCUUUCGAUGCACUCAACGGCAAGCCGAAUAGUGGCAGCGGCAGCUGGCAUAACUUGAAGGCAAAUGGAUCCGCCAACAGCUCCAAGGAUAGUAAGAUGGUCAACGGAAGCGCUUUUGCUGGUGGCUCGCGCCCGAGAGAUCGGAAAAAAUGCAUCAUCAUGUAG